AUGAUCACACCGGAGCAGGUGCGCGUCCAGUACUUCUCGUAUUUGGACGCGAUGUAUCUUCGCUUCCUCUCGGCACCGGAAUCGCGCGCCCCGCGUGCUCCACUCCCCGGACUACUCCUCGAUGUGUAUCUCGUCCGCCAAGCCCGGCGUGCAGCUGAGAUGCUUGCAAAGGCGUUCAAUAAUCGACUUACUUUGCCGUGGGAUGCAACAACUCAUCCAUGUGCCGUCCCGGACGACGAUGAAUUGGCCACGGUGCAAUACGAUGAUUGCGCAGAUCCGCUCACCAUCGAAGACAGUAAGGGCCGGAUGCUGUUGUGGCAUCUUCCCGGCGUGAUCAUAGAGCCCUUUGAGGGUGUAAUAUGGGAUGCGACGAUGGACCUCAACCCACUCUUGGCCCGGAACCGCCCGAAGGCUAGCGCGGGCUGGAGGGAGAAUAUCGCGAACUUCCGGCAGCCGCAGGAGGGGGACGAGCUCGUCCCGGCAUGUGUGUCGUUUUCACCGGGAUGGUUCCAGCUCGGACACGACGGCGCGGACGAUGUGCCAAGUGUCUCUCGACUGCUCGCCGAUCCGAACACUGCCGUCGCUGGCCGGGCGUGGUUGGCCGAGAUGAUCUAUCCGCAUAUCAUCAUCUCCGGUAUGCUGCACAUUAUGCACCCGGAUUUAUAUGACGCCGGUAUUGCCUCGGUUGAAGCCUUGCGAAGCGAUCCAGACCGGGCCAGCGUUGUGGAUACGUGGCAAAACCCAUUCAAUGCGCUCUCGGUGGUGACAAACCGCGCAAGCCCGGUUCAUCGCGACAAGAUGACUCCUCUGAAUGUCUAUGACAUUUUGAUGACCAUCGGGGGCGAUCACGAGCAGUGGUACAGUGACAGCGUUUUCGGGCACUCGCCUCCCCCAUGA